AUGUGGUUGAAGACCCGCCACCUGCGCCUGAGGAGACGCCACCGAUGUGGAGGGAGCCUGCUUAGCCGCCGCUGGGUGCUCACGGCUGCGCACUGCUUCCGAAAGCACUACUAUCCUUCCGAGUGGACGGUCCAGUUGGGCGAGCUGACUUCCAGGCCAGCUCCUUGGAACCUGCGGGCCUACAGCAAUCGUUACAAAGUGCAGGACAUCAUUGUGAACCCUGACACCCUUGGGGUUCUACACAAUGACAUUGCCCUGCUGAGACUGGCCUCCUCUGUCGCCUACAAUGUGUACAUCCAGCCCAUUUGCGUUGAGUCCUCCACCUUCACCUUCGUGCACCGGCCGGACUGCUGGGUGACCGGCUGGGGGUUAAUCAGCCCCAGUGGCAGACCUCUGCCACCUCCUUACAACCUCCGGGAAGUGCAGGUCACCAUCUUAAACAACACCAGGUGUAAUUACCUGUUUGAACAGCCCUCUAGCCGUAGGAUGAUCCAGGAUUCCAUGUUUUGUGCUGGUGCUGAGGAUGGCAGUGUAGACACCUGCAAAGGUGACUCAGGUGGACCCUUGGUCUGUGACAAGGAUGGACUGUGGUAUCAGGUUGGAAUCGUGAGCUGGGGAAUAGACUGCGGUCAACCCAAUCGGCCUGGUGUCUACACCAACAUCAGUGUGUACUUCCACUGGAUCCGGAGGGUGAUGUCCCACAGUACACCCAGGCCAAACCCCUCCCAGCUGUUGCUGCUCCUUGCUCUGCUAUGGGCUCCCUGACUCCUGCAGCCAUUCUGAGUACACCAGAAACUGUAAGGCUGCAGUGGGGACCAUAGGAUUGGCUCACCUCCCCUGGGCAGUGGGCACUUCAGAGACGGGGUUGGGACUGCCUGCUGGAUCAGAUUCCAGCCCCUUUUGUCCCAUUUGCUAAUAAAUAUGUGUGC